UAGAGGAGGAAGCUUAAAAGUUAUUGUUUCAUCCGAUCGAUUGAGAGAAAUAGAGUCAUUAAUUCAUCUUCCUCAAGGCUCACAAAAAAGGUAGCCGUUCUGCUUUACAUAGGAGCAUAGGACCACCGUGAGAAAGAAGAAUUCAAAAGAAGGACAUGGAAGGUGAAAGUUACCAUCCUCACCCUGCUGUCGACAAUGAUGAAAGUGGAAUCGUACGAUCAAAUACAGAUGUUCCACCAGCUCAUGAUCAUUAUACAUUUCAAAUCAAAAAUUUCUCAUUACUGUUAGGGAUGAAGGAGGAAAAAUGUCACUCAGGCCAGUUUGCAGUUGGCGGCUAUCAAUGGAGAUUGGUACUCUACCCAAAUGGUAAUAAGAAUAACAAUGGGACCGGUCACAUCUCUCUAUACUUGGAAAUAGCAGCUACCGAUGCUUUUCCACUUGGCUGGGCGGUUAACGUGCACAUGAGAUUCUUUGUGUUUGAUCAAAUCCGAGACAAGUACCUCACUAUUCAAGAUGCAAAUGGGAGGUCAAGACGCUUUCAUAAGCUGAUGACUGAAAGGGGAUUCGCCCAGUUACUUUCCCAUGAUACUCUCAAUGAUUCAUCAAAUGGUUAUCUUAUUGAUGACACGUGUAUCUUUGGGGUGGAAGUUUUUGUCAUUAAAGGUACUUGUAGAGGGGAGAUUUUGUCGAUGGUAAAUCAACCUCAACCUAAUUAUUUCACUUGGAGGAUUGACAACUAUACGACCUGGAAAAAUAAUGUUUAUUACACUGAGCAAUUCACUGUGGAAGGGCGAAGAUGGAAGUUGCUUCUCUAUCCGGAGGGAAAUAAAACAGGAGCGGGCACAUACUUGUCUCUCUAUCUCAUGUUGGGUGAUUCAGAAAUUCUUCCUCCCAACAGAAAAUUGUACGCAAAAUACAAGCUGCGAAUGAGGGACCAACUCAAUAGCAAUGAUCUUGAAAAGAUAGAGGAGCACUGGUUCUCUGAUCCCAAAGUCAGUAAUGGUUUCCACGAGUUUUUGUCAAAGAGAGAUCUCCAGAACGCAUCAAAGGGCUACUUGGUGGGUGAUCGUUUGUUCAUUGAAUGCAAAAUUGAUGUCAUAUCCGUAGUCAAGGAUUUCUCCUGAAAGUAAUAUUAUGUCUAAAUUGGACAAACUAUAAUGUCCCCUUGAAUUUUAUGAAUAACAAAAAGUGUUUAUGGGCU